GUCAUUGCGGAACCGAACACAGAAUGUCUUGGGGAAGUUUUAGAUGUCGGACAGGAAAUGACGCUUCGGAGUCACAUUGAACGUUAAGAAAAUACAACUCUCGGUAGCUAGUUGGCUUCAUAGCGGCUAGCCGGCUAGCUAGGAAACGGCGGCCCGUUUGCUUCUAAUGAAUUCACACGAAUUACAGUGCACGCCAAAAUGUUUCUUUCGAGGGCGGCCUUGAGCUUGAAUGCUAUAUCUAGGGUCCCAGGUGCUCUGCAGAUCCCCCAGUCAGCCGGUGUUGCCGUGCAGCUGCUCUGCUCCGCGCGUUCGUCCCCCGUGGUCGCCGGGGGCUGCCGCUACUCCGCAGCCUCCGCCGGGACCCCGCAGCCCCCCCUGCGCUGGACGACCCUUGACCCCGAGCUGGAGGAGGUCCUGGUGCCCCGGAAGCUGUCUCUGUCUCCGCUGGAGAGCUGGCUCUCCCUGCGCUACUCCCUGCCCCCCCUGCAGGGCGCCGAGCAGCCGCAGCAGCAGCCCCCCCUGGGGGACGGGGCGCCUGAGGGGGGGUCCCGGGUGCUGCCCCCCGCUGUGGAGCCCGUCCUGGGGGGGGAGGAGGGGGAGGGCACCGCCGCCGUCACCCCGCUCAGCUGCAAGAACGUUCUGGAAAUCCGCCGGCGAAAGAUGAACCGACACAAGUACAAGAAGCUGAUGAAGCGCACCACCUUCCUCAGGAGGAAGGUGAUGGAGGGGCGGAGGAAGAGGAAACAGAUCCGAUUCGAGAGGGACUUGAAGAGGAUCUGGACUCGCGCAGGACUGAAAAGUGCGCCCGAGGGGUGGAGCGCGCCCAAGAUCUACGUCCGACAGUACCAGAGCAAGAAGGACUGAGACCUCUGUACCAACCGCUUACACACACACACACACACACACACACACACACUCUCACCAGAGCAAGAGAGACGAAGACACGCGCACACACACACACACACCAACCCAUCUCACACAAACACACACACACACAUACACUCCAGAUCAAGAGAGACUGAGACCUCUGUAGCAACCGCUCACACAUACACACACGCACGCACUUAACACACACACACAGAUACAGACAUACGUCUGACCUCUGUGCCAGCCGUACUCUGUCACCCCUGCACACACACCCAUACCACACAUCACAAACACACACGUGUGUGCACUACCUGGAAACCGCCAUACCUCCGUACCGUGUCACAUGCUCGCUGGAGUCUGACUAACGAUUUCACCCCAGGAGCAGCAGCUAGGAGUGUACAGAGACUGGCACACUGCCUCCACUGAGGGGCAUCAGGCUGGCACUGCCUGCUGUGCUACACGUGUCCUCUCGAGCCAAGCUCACUGUGUACAGGAGAUCCCCGAAAUAAAUAAACCGUUCUUCUCGCCUGAAUCAUAAUCCAGCUGUAGUGAUUUAAUCUGGUUCUCAGUUAACAGCCAUCACCAUUUAAAAAAAAAUGUAUUUGUUUUUUUUUUGUGUUUGGCUGAGAGGAGAAUGAAUCCUUUCUUUUGCUUUAGCCUAGAUUUUUAGACUGUUAUGCAACCACACAAAAGAUUCGCUAGGGGUCAGCAGCGUUGAAAAUUAAAAAGUUUUGCCAAAGAUUCCUGCUUUGUUCUGGAGACAUGGAGAAGUCCUUUUUCAACAAUUUUUCAGGUCGUUUGAGAAAACAGACCACAUGACCUGGUGCUUGUACAGAAAUUGCAGCAAAAUUAAAUGAUAUGGUUUUUAAA